CACUUCCUGACCCGGAAGUAAAUUUAGUAGUACUGGUGACGUUUGUCGGAUACGCGGAAACAGCACUAUUGAUACUCUUUUGGAAAUGGCCACAGGUGCAGAUCGGGCAGUUGGCAUGGGCCUGGUAGGCUUCAGCCUUCUGUUGUUUUCCUACUACACAAUAUGGGUCGUCAUACUGCCAUUUGUGGACAGCGAUCAUGUAGUCCAUCAGUAUUUCCUUCCUCGGGAGUACUCUGUUAUCCUACCUGGGAUUGCAGCAUUGAUAUUGCUGCUCUUGGUUGGUACCUUCAUUGGAGUUGUCAUGUGGAAGAAUCGCAAGCCUAAGGUGGCUUAAGAGAGAUUGGGUCACGGAGCCACUGUCAAAGGGGUCAGAACAGUAGAACUAGCACUUAUGUUACAGUAGCUUAUAGAACUUGCCUGGUUCCAGCGUCUUUCCAGAAUUCCAUUCGGAGUAAGUCUGAUCCGCUUCUUUGGGAUGAAAGCUGAUGAAAACAUCUUAUGACUGACUGACUUGGGACAUGAAAAGCUGCUGUCAACCACUUUCUUUUUACUCAUAUCCACAACGAGCCUCAGGCUUAUUUUAUAUGGAGUAUGUAUUUGGUUUUCCUGAAGAUUGAUGACUUGUCUAAAAAUGGACAUUAGCGGAUUUACACGCAAGCCUUUUUACACAUAGGGAAGAAAUCAGAAAGUUCAGAUAUCGGAAAUCUUACUGUCCUGGUUGUUAUCAGUAAAGCAAUAAACCCAAUAGACUCGGCAUGCAUGACUGCGGUAAUUGCCAUAUAUUGUUUUUCACUUGCAGAGUACGGAGCAACCAGAAAUAUCAUCUUUAGGCUAUUGCAAUGCAAAUUUUUUCUUCAUGUAAAAUAAUUGCCUGCUUAAUGGAGAAACCACAGAGCAGGCUCAGCUUGUGUGAGUGCUGAGUUCCUUAACCCUUUAUGACAAUUUCUGCAGGGCUCUGGACAUUAUCAGUUAUCCAUUCACUGUAACUCUAUUCACUGUCCACAUUAUACAUUUCUUUAUAAUGUGGACAAGAUGGUUUUUUUUUUGUAUAUCAGAUUUCACCAGAUUUUGGGUUGAUUUUGGGCACUGUUUCAGGGUUUUCCAGUAUAUUAUUAGUAAAAUCGUCUUUAGGAAUUAGUAAUUCCAGUUGUUUGAAUAGCAACUGUUCUCUACACAGACUGAAAAGUGUCCCAAUGAACAUACAGUAUGUCAUUGUUUGAUUUCCAAGUAAAUAUUUUAUGUCCACACACCAGUACCUGACAUUGUAAAUACAAAUGAUAGAAUCUUAAUAAAUAAUAUGAAAUAUGUUGAUGGACUAGCAACAUGCUCAGUGAGCAGUUUCCUAUGAUAGUACAUUUUCUAAAAUAUGUUGAACAAAACAAGGUCUGAAAAUGUGGAAGGUGUAUGUGUUGAAGUUCCUUCGGGUUCAUAAAAUAAAAUGUUUUUAUCGA